UGUGAAUCGGACUCAGAUAGACACGCUGGGAAUAUAUUGUUCAGAAAAGAGGAAGGUGGCCACACUUUGCUCAUUCCCAUUGAUCAUGGCUACUGUCUGCCACAGAAAUUCGAAGAUUGCACAUUUGAUUGGCUUUACUGGCCCCAAGCAUGUCAGCCUUACUCUCCUGAUACAGUUUAUUAUAUUAAUUCUCUGGAUGCUGAAAAAGAUAUAGAACUUCUGAAAUAUUAUGGGUGGGACAUUCCACUUGAAUGUGCCCGAACACUCCGCAUCUCCACAAUGUUAUUGAAGAAAGGGGUUGAGAGAGGUCUCACUCCCUAUGCAAUUGGAAGCAUUAUGUGUAGGGAAAAUUUAAACAAGGAAUCUGUAAUUGAGGAGAUUAUUUGUGAAGCACAGGAAUCAUUGUUACCUGGCAUGGAGGAAUAUAUGUUUCUUGAAUCUGUCUACCAGAUCAUGGAUUCUCGCCUUGAUAAGCUUUCAAAUUAG